CACCCCCAAAGCCCGAUACCACUUCGUCCCUUUCUCGUCUCCCGUAUCACCGACUCUCCCUCUCGAACCCUAGGCGACGGCCGCCAGUCCACCGGGAAGAGCCGCGACCCGCCGCCGCCGCCGAAUUCUGGGAACGGAAAAGGGACCGCCUCCUGCAAGGUCUCAUUGCUGUGCAUCUUUCAGCCUUACAAAAAUGGAUGCCAUGUGGAAUUUGAGCCGGCGACACCAUGGCCAUGCUGAAGCUGGACAUGUCUGCCCUCGAGACUCACUUCGGCCUUCCCGCCUGCGACGACGGCGACGGCCUCUACUUCUCUGAAACCGCCGACAUGCCAUCCAUGGUGCUCCCCACCUGUGCCGACUUUGACGGGUUCCAGGCGGCGACUAAGGACAUGAUGAAGAACAAGCGGGGGACGACCACACUCGCCUUCAUCUUCGACAAGGGCGUCAUCGUCGCCGCAGACUCCAGGGCCAGCAUGGGUGGCUACAUAUCUUCACAAACUGUGAGGAAAAUUAUCGAAAUAAAUCCUUACAUGCUGGGGACAAUGGCUGGAGGCGCUGCUGAUUGCCAGUUCUGGCAUAGGAACCUAGGAAACAAGUGCCGGCUCCAUGAGCUUGCGAACAAGCGAAGGAUCUCUGUUGCUGGUGCUUCAAAGCUGUUGGCUAAUAUCCUGUAUUCCUAUCGUGGGAUGGGACUGUCGAUUGGUACAAUGAUUGCUGGAUGGGACGAGAAGGGUCCUGGGUUGUACUAUGUUGACAGUGAGGGUGCAAGGCUUGUGGGCAACAGGUUCUCUGUUGGUUCUGGUUCCCUCUACGCUUAUGGUAUCUUGGAUGAAGGUUACCGCUUCAAGAUGUCAGUUGAGGAAGCUGGUGAAUUAGCCCGACGGGCUAUUUAUCAGGCAACAUUCCGUGAUGGAGCAAGUGGUGGUUGUGUUAGUGUUUAUCAUGUUGGCCCCGAUGGUUGGAAGAAGCUUUCUGGAGAUGAUGUUGGGGAGUUGCACUACCACUACUACCCGGUUCAGAAAACUCCUGUUGAACAAGAAAUGCCCGAUGCGCCUACUGCUUAAACCUACUGUGAAGAAAACCUGAGUGGAGGCGCAUGUAUCCACUAUCCGGGGACUGAUAAUUGUAGAAGCGCCUUAUUUGUGAACUUGGACAUGUUUCUCUCACAACGUUAGAUCACCUUUGUGUUCUGUUGAUUUUUCUGAGCAACUUCGACUAUUAUCUUGAUCUACCGAUAUAGAUGUUUCUUUGAGGUAUCGUUUA